AAAGUCUUUGGAAGGGAAGUAGUGGCGGCAUCUAGAAGCAACAGUGUCUUCUUGCUGGUUUCCUUUUCUCUGGCCCACAAACCCUACUAAUUACCCAAAGGGAUCAUCAAAAGCCUAAACUGUUCAUGCUCACGGCCGGCUGGUUCCAAAACAAUUAUAUGGGGUAUACUCUACCUAGAUUUCAAUUCAAGGUUCUCUUGAAAGGAUUCCUCCUUCCUUGGGCAUUCGACUACUGGCUCCGCACCUUUCAUCGUCCGAUCCUUCCUUUAGCCGCAGAAUUGCUUCCAAGCUCCAACACAUGAUAAAACAGGUAAACGAGAUAAAGACUAACUACGCUUGGACGACUAAUCCUUUCAAGGUGAUCUUAAACGAUAUCCAGUUGUUCUGUGGAAGCCUAUGACUGCAUUAACAAAGGAUGACGAGCUUCUACCUAGUUUGUAUCAUGUUUUACACUUUAGCAGGUCCGCAAUUUUCCAGAAUGCCUCACAUCACUCUCCAUAUAGCCUAACAAACACUCCAAUCUACAAAUCUCCAGAUCCAUAAGCCAUAAAUCUACAAAACAACUUCGAAUUCCUGUGUUCGUAACAUCCCAUACUUAUCCACAGCAUUUGCCACCAAACUUUUGCAGCUAACAAUGUCCUUGUCGGAGCAUGCCAAAGGCAAACAGGCUACUAAGUCCGAGCCGCUAAGUGUAACAGGCCUCGACGGCCCGCCUAGACUAUCGUCUAACAACGAUAUUCCUUCAGGCAGGGUGUCUGAACGCAAAUGGCGGGACGCAUUUACAGGGGAACCGGCUGAUCCCUUGAUCAAGGAAGAACUGUACGAGUCAAAGAUUGACUACUCUUACCGACCGGUGGAAAAUGGUUCUAAUGCCUGGUUCGUUGUGGCGCCUGGUCUGACCAAUGACGAAAAUCGUCGGCCGGUCUACAAAGCAUUGUUCUCUGGAAAACGCAGUCCAGAGCACAGACAGAGCAGGAGCUACUACAUACAUCAAGAAAACCCUAACCCGCAUUGGUGGGAUGAGGCUACUAAAAAGGCAGCCGAAUGGAUCAUCAGUCAUCGUCAAGUCACUGGCCUUGAUCCAAGCUACGAUCUCCAAAGAUCGGUAUCUUUGUGGUCUUCUGUUCUUGCCAAUGAACUUCGCCAUGGACUGGCGACAUAUGAAAAGAGCGGAGGGUACAGCCCAGAGUGCCCUCGCUUAGCAAUAGUCAAGGAAGAUGACUUGGGUCAUAUGUAUGCGCAUGGCCUAGAAAGAUCAAAAGACAAUGUCAGUUACGAACAAGUCCUUCAAGAUCCGGAGACUGCAAUUGUCCGGGUGAAGGAAGAGCCGUCUUACAUGUGUAGUAACAGGUCUCAUCCAGUGGGAAUCGCUCACGUUUUAAUACACACGGAUUACUCCAAAUCUGGUAUACCCACAAUUCAUUGUGUUCUGGCAUUGCCUAAAGAAAAGAACGCUCUGACUAAAACGUCAUCAGAAGUCUAUGCUUUCUUCGAUACUGAGGAUGGAGAGGCCCAUCGAUAUCUAAUUCAAACUAUUGGCAGUGCGCUUUCAGCGUUCGAAAACUUUGAUAAAGACCAAUUCCGUUAGCUAGAAAUCAGUGAUGCCAUUUGCUCAAACCGAGAAGGGUGGUCCAAUGACUUGGGAACCAAAUCAGAGGCCUGCUCGAGAUACGUAAGUGCCUUGGUACAGCGAGAACUUGAUAUCAUAACCGCCCGUAACGGAGGUUCACAUUUGACACCUCUUGUCUCCGCUGUCCACGGCUGGGACAAUUAUACUUGGAAAGACGCUCUUGCAACUGGAGAAAUCGACUCAAAAUCUCUGAACGGUCCUCCUUCAUGUACCCCUACCAUCCUGCAAGAUAUCAAAAAGAGGAAUGUUGUAUCCCAGGCUCCUCGCUUUCCAGGGAUCAGUGUUCAUCAACAAUACAUCGAUCCAGAGGCCGCCACUCUUCCUUCUUAUGAAGACUCCUCCUGGGAUGCUUCAACUGGGCCAGCUGGUAUUACGAGUACUGCUAUUUCGUCAAAUGCAAUUGCUAGACUCACAACAAAAAAUGGGGGUAAUAUGGACACAUUUGAUGACGGUUUCGCAGGGUCCCAGGAGGGAAGCAGCUCGAUGGCUCAACCUUCCUCUUGGACAGGUCAUAGAGUCGGCAGAGAAGUAAGCAGAAAUACACAUUCUAGAUUGAGCCACAGUCGCGCGAUUGAUAGCACUCAACCUCAAACGUCAGGGUCCGAGCGGGCCAAGAGGAUCUUGUCCAAAUUUCUCUGCCAUGGACGAGAAGGUAGCGACUCUGAUGAUUAAUAAUCAAGUAGCAUGAUUCCUUGAAAUGCAUUGAGUUGCCUCGUGGCGUCUGACAAUUCGUUUUCCUCCUGAA